ACGACUUCUUACAUAUCCAACAGUUCGCCGCCGGCUACCGGAAGUCGUCUCCGGAGUUCUAGAAGAACUGGCAGCAGGCACUUAAUUCAUGGGUUUCUGGAUGCUUCCACGAGUCCCGACUAACCUGCCUUGAUGUGUCCCAUAGAAAGCUUGCGACCGUGCGAUAAAGUUGGAGGCGCUGUUGAGCUUUCCGACGCCGGUGACGAGGGGUGGAUUUCUGAGCCUUCUCGUCUUGUACGCAGACGAGAUUUCUAGAGAGAUCGAAUCCUCGGAGCUCAGAGAUAGUCAAUUGUGUUUUAGAGGUUUAUAUUCGAGUACUUCGCGUAGCCUCGUGCCUGCAUCUUCAUUCAUUGAUUCACUCCAGGUGGCGCAGCCGUCAAGAGACUGUAAUUCGAAAUGUGAUAGUCUAGAGUCUAUCUAACCGGUGAAUGAUUGGCCGGGAGUCCAUAUCAAGCAUCCAAUUGAGAUUCCUCGCCAGCAGAUGAUCAAUUUAAGGUGUUUGUCUCACUGUGAAUCGAUUGAAGAGUUGUUAUGGAUCUUAGGUUUAUACCAUAGGAACGAGGUACAUGCUAUUUGGAGGCCAUAUGCUAACGGAUUGCUUUUUUACCUUAACAAUCAAGAUUGGGGUUAUAGCUAACAGCUGGUGAAGGUUGCAAGGAAGUUCUGAAUAUAGGAAUGGAGGACUCCAAAGAGGAUUGCUUUUAUUCUAUUUUGGGUUUACAGAAAGACUGUUCCGCGUCUGACGUUCGCUGUGCUUACAGAAAAUUGGCUAUGAAAUGGCAUCCAGAUAAAUGUAGUACGAAUGAGUCUGCGGGAGCAGAUUCUAGCAAAGCAUCAGAGAAUGCAAAAACACGAUUUCAGGCUAUUCAGGAAGCAUAUUCAGUCCUGUCCAACAACAACAAACGCUUAAUGUAUGAUGCAGGAGUCUAUGAUGAUGACGACAACGAAUUGGAAAUGAGCUCUUUUGUAGGAGAAAUGGCUGCAAUGAUGUCAAAUUCAGCAAAGGAGAUUGAUGCUACAGAUGGUCUGGAUGAAUUGAAAGCGAUGUUCUUGAACAUUAUUAGCGAUGAUUUUCCCAAACCAGACAUUGGUAAGAAGAGAUCAAAUAAUUGUCCGAGAGAAAAAGCUACUAAUUGGAAUAGCAUGUCAUUUUCCACAUGUGAAUUCAAAAAUCAGGGCCAAUUGAGGGGUGGAUUUCAUUAUGAAUCAACUGCUUUGGGAAAUCAAAACAGCAGUGCCUUUGGAGGGGGUUAUGCAUUAGAGAGCCAAGAACUGAAGCAGAUGUUCAUGGGCAUGGACGAUUCCAAGUUUUAUGAAUUGGCAUGCAACAAAGAGCCAUCUGAUAAACCCUUGAGCCAAAAAGAUGGCAAAAAACAAUGCAAGAGUGGGCCAACAACCUUUGAUGAGCUUGUAGCCGAAACACUUUUUCCUGAUGGUGGAAUUACAGGCUCUGAUUUGUUUGGAAUGGGUUUAUGGAGUAAAACUGAGAGUGCUGUUUGCACUGAGGCAAGCAUUACUUCUGCUGCACUAGCAGAAGAAAAUGGGGCAGAAGAAAAUGAGGGAAGCAAGAGGCGCAAAUUGUGUCCAGAACAGAAAGAUGCAAACAGAGCAUCAGAAGAGCUUGAUUGUACCUAUAGAUGGAGUGCAGACAUCUGUGGAGGAGAACAAAAAGCAGAACAAAACUUGACUGUUAUUUUUUUAGGAGGAUAAAACAUCCUUGCAGCUACGCUUGGUAAGAAUUGGCCUUGACUUUGUGAGCCAAGCAUUCUCACUAGUGGACCAAUUGGCAACUUGACAAGCUGACUAGAUUGAUAUGGCCCUUUAAUAUUGAAAUGUAAAAAGGAGCCUUGCUUUCCUAUAAAUGGUUACAAAUAGAACCAAAAUGAAAUAUUAUCCUCUCAACAA